UCCUCUCCCUUACCUAAAGAAGCAUUUAAGAAUCUAAGCAUCCUGCAGGAAACAUGAAGACAGCCAACAGUAUUUCACUGGUAGAAAGCAAACUUGCUUGUCCGGAAAAUACUCGUGACGAUGGUGAUGGUUUGGAAGAGGCCAAUAUACAGCUUAGCGAGAUCGUAGUGAGGAAAGCAGAUGAUGUAAAUCACAUGGUUAAUAUUUCCAAGCAUGAAGAACCCUUGAGUCCAGCGGCAUGCAUCGCCUCUAAUACAUUGGUAGAUAGUUACAUCUUAACAAUUGUGGGAUUCAAAAAAGAAAUCGACAUCAAUUCCUUGAAAAUUUCACUGCAAAAUAAUCUGGGAGAGCACCAAAGAUUCUCUAGCAUUGUGGUAAAGGACAAGCACAACAAUCUGAAGUGGUGUUUAAGAGAGGUGGUGAUAGAGGAACAUGUGAUUGUUCCUAGCCUAAGCCCCUCAAUUGCAGAAAAUCCCUACCUUGUGAAUGAAUAUACAAGCUCUUUGGUGACUGCUCCUCCUCUCAAUCCAUGCAAGCCUCUUUGGGAAGUUCAUGUAUUGAAUGUUCCAUCCGAGGAUGCAGCAGCCAGCCUUGUGUUCAGAAUCCAUCAUUCACUUGGAGAUUGUAUCUCUAUGGUAUCCCUAAUUCUCAAUUCCACAAGCAAAGCCAACAAUAAUUCUCAAGCCCCACCCACCAUUCCACAACGUACAACCGCUGACCAAAGACCCAAAGGUUUUCUGCAAAUUGUGUACAAUGUGCUUGUCAGGCUUUGGCUUACAUUCGUUUUUCUGCACGAGGUUGGGAUCACUCUGCUAUGGAAACAUGAUAGGAAUUUAUUGAUAGGAGGAAGGAGAGCUGAUGUUUGUUCAAAGCGUCUGGCUUACGUGACUCUCGGCAUGGAUGAUAUCUGCUUUGUUAAAAAAGCAGUGAAUGGGACAUUGAAUGAUGUCAUUAUGGGAGCGCUCUCUGCUGGACUCGUCCGCUAUAUGAGCAGACAACAAAAUGAUCAAGUUAAAAAUAUCUCGGUCCCACAAAGAGCGACAACACAUAAGAAUUCAAGACUGCGAGCAAUGGUGGCAGUAAAUAUGAGGCAGUUUCCCAUACUUAAGGAUCUGGAUAGGAACAUGAAAAGGCCAUCGAAAGCUAUGUGGGGUAACAAACUAGGUUUCUGGAUGUUUCCUUUUCCGAUGUCUCACUAUGGAGAUCCCCUUCAAUACUGUCGUGAUACAACAAUGAUGUCAAGGAAGAAGAAGUUAUCUUUCGAGGCCUCUGCCUCAUACGCCAUAAGCAAAUACAUGCCAACUAAGUUGGCGGCAUAUUUAUCCAAGAAAUUUACCACAAUACUUACAUUGGGCUUCUCCAAUGUAAUGGGGCCAGUGGAAGAGAUUCAAUACGGGGAUAACCCAGUUGCUCACAUUAUUCCUACGGCCCACGUUAACAAUUGUGUCAGUGUUCUUAUUCUAUGUUACAAUUUUUUUAAUUUAGAAAGUGUUGGAGGAAUUAUACACGACACUUAAAGGAGAUUGUUCCCAUCUUUCUGCACUCGAUAGUGAUACAUUUCAUAAGCUAUGGUGGAAAAGGGAAGCUGGUUGCAUUAGUCUCGGAAGACGUAGUUCCUGAUCCGCUUCAGCUUUGUCAGGAUUGCGCCGACGCUCUCCAACUCAUGAAACAAGCCGCACAUGGAACUUCAGUGCAUUCAUCUUGAAUGUUCACUUACCUCUGUUUUUUCCAUUUGCGAUACCUAUAUAAAUCUCUAGUGUUGCAAGGAGGAGUUUUGGUGAGGUUAUCAGCAAUUCAUCAGGAACAAAACUACAAUUCCACUUGCUCAUCUUAUCUUGAACCAAAUCACAAAUGAAAUGAUAUUAGAACUCUAUAUGUUUGGUUCUAACAUGAAAUAAAGGAUCUUUGGUCA